AUGCGCCGUAUCCUCCUCACCUCGUCGCAGGUGUCGUUCCUCAUCACCACGUUUGUCAUCGUCUCGUGCACCCUAGCGCUAUUCCUGAGCGGUUACAUAAUCCAGCAGCGCACCCUGCGCAACCUCCGAGCGUCGAUCCGACCGCGUCAGCCCCGGCCGAAACCACAGAUAUACUUGCCGGAGCAAUUCCAGACGACAAAGGGCUGA